AUGGCAAGCAAGAAAGGUAGCAAGAGAGCAAGCACCCCGAGAGACCCGUUUGAGAAGGAAAGGCUGAUUAGGGAGAUACAGCUGGUUGGUGUGUAUGGGCUGAAGAACAAGCACGAGCUCUGGGUCAUGGAGAAGAUGUUUGCAAAGGAUAAGGAGCGUGCACGUACGCUUCUUACAUCAACAAACCCAGAGGACAUCCCAAUAAGUGGAAGGUCUCUUCUCAGGAAGCUCAUGAAGUACGGGAUACUUAACGGAAUUAAUCUCUGUGACAAGCAGAGUGUAAUCGAUGGGCUCAACAAGGUCCUCGAUCUCACAAUCAACCACUAUCUGGAGAGGCGUCUCCAGUUCAGGGUGUUUGCAGCAGGGCUGGCAAGGUCUGUACAUCAUGCAAGGGUUCUUAUAAAAGGAAGGUGCAUUUCUAUCAAGGAUCAGGUUGUUGACGUUCCCGGAUUCAUGGUAAGAGCAGACAAGGAGCCACUUAUCGAAUACAAUCCAUACUCGCGCUAUGGAGAAAAGGGUAAGAAGAAGAAGACAGAGGCUAAGGUAGAUGAAGAAUGA